UUUCUUUACGAUCAACACCACUGGUCAAACGGAAGAAAGUGCGCCGAGCAUGCGAGUUUUGCCGGCAGCACCGGGUUCGCUGCGAUGUGUCGUGCCAACAAGAUCCAAUGCAGCAAGCCGACCCAGCACUCAAGAUCACCUUCUGGCACCCGGAAACUGCAGCCGGCUGCUCUACGCAGUCCCCGGCCAGCCCAGUCUGCGCCGCCAUCUACCCCGAUUCAAGAAGGCCCCAACCAACAAGUGAGGCCAAGAUCCAGUUCACAACGGAGUCUAUCCACAAACCAUGCUGCCAUCGCUCCUCCGCCCCCGCAGUUGGAUUCAUUUGCUGGCUUUAUCUCUCGAAUGAAUAAUUUCUGCUCUAUGGUAUCGCAGAUGUCAGCACGCCCAUCUCCUCAACCUAUUGACCCGGCUCCUUCAGACGCUCAGUAUUCCUCACCAAACUUGCUGAGGACAACCGAGUCGGAUGUGACACAUCUGACGCUGGAAAGCUUACAGAAACUUGAAAAAUCGCUAUUUGAUGUCUUCUGGACUCGGUAUCAUCCUGUAAUGCCGAUUAUUAGCCCGGAAGACUUGACGAUCACGUCGGGUCAAAAGUCUGAGCCAUUGCGGCAAGCGCUGAUGGCCUACUGCUUACAAUCAAUCCAUUAUGCUGGGCUUCAAAACCGCUUGCUAAGCAUUCAAAUGGGCUCAGUAUUAUCACACGCAGGGGAGCAUUCCCAUCAAGCCCCUUCGCUAGCUAGUCUAUAUGUUGCUUUUUUCCAAAGGGCUCUUGGGACGAACAGCGACUAUCUCUUGUACGCAGAGCCUUCUUUACUAGACGUGCAGCGGCAUCUCUUCAUGGCCGCCUUUCUACAGAAUUCUGGAGAGCACCAAGCAGCAUAUAAUAUUAUUGGCGUGGCGAUGCGACUCGCACAGUCGCUAGACUUACAGCACCCCCUGGUAACUCGUGCGACCACACAUGAGGUUGAGACGCGUCGUCAUGUUUGGUGGACAUUGGUACACCUCGACUUCCAUUGUUCACGACUUCUGGGAAAGCCUAUGGCUAUCUCUCUAGAUGAUGCGAUAUUCAACACGCCACCUUUAAACCCGCAGGAUCCUUGGCAUACCCCAGAGCUCGGAUUCCAUACGGCAUCGAUAUCGCUCAUUGUUGCGGCAAGGAAGAUGGCCGAGGAUCUGGAGCGUCAUGUGCGUGAUGCGUCAGGGACAAUAGAUCCAUAUAAUCAAAUCGAGCGCCAUGCGCACUUUUUGUCGCGGGAAAUCAAGGGCCUGUACCGAUGGAGAGAUCAAAUUUUGGACGCGAACCUAUACACCAACAUUACACUUAUAUGUAAUGUUUAUCAACCAGACGAGGUUACCUCUUCCAUGAGUCGGCUGAUACAUGAUCAGAAUGCAAGACUGUCGUUUCAUGAGGCCCCAGCGCUCACCUUACAAAAGUCGCUUCUAGAGCUUCGAUACCAUGACAUCAUACUCUGGGCUCACCGACCAUUUAUCCAAUUCCCAAGUCGCGGCUUAGUUCCGCAACGGAGCCCACAAGCCGAUAUACAUGCUACCACGGCACUACAACACGCGCUAACCGUCACGGACCUCAUACACACUCGCAUGCUUUAUAAUGAUGCUCUUUAUGGAUGUCCAGAAAUUUACCAGUACGUGUGGAAUGCCGUUCUGACCCUUGUAGGGUUUAUGCUGGCCUACCCCCUAUGCUACUGGUUCCCACUUGCUCAGCAACAUGUUGAGCGAUCACUUCCGAUAUUUGAGGGGGCGGGGACAGAUAAUCCAAUUGCAUCCCGGGCGGCUCAACGGACACGGUAUCUACUAGGGAGAGUUAGUGCCCUCAUAGAGUUGUUGAGUUCUCAAUCAUCAGCGUUCAGUGAUCGCUACGAUUAUCGGAGGGUGCAGACCGACGAACAAAUGGAAGCAGAGAACCAGCAAUCUUUGCCAUUCGCAUCCGAGGAGAAUGCUUUGUGGUCAUUUGCAGAUACUGUUGACCCUAAUAUUUGGUCUGGUUACUGUCAUGAAAUCAGUGAUAUGUUGAUGGACGUGCCUGAGAUACAUUUGGAAGCUAAUUUUUGA